AUGACUUCCAUCUUCCGGCCCGGCAUUAUCCUGGUCCGCUCGCGGCCAGUCGCAGCCUCUUUCAGCCACGAAGAUCUUGCGCAAUGGUAUUUGUCAAAACACAUUCCCGACGUCCUCGCUACGCGAGGUGUGGUUGAAGCAGGGCUGCAUCAACUUAAUGAUAUCUCUAGGUCCAGACUUAAUACAGCCGCCGGUUUGAACGAUGAAGGACGAUUCUCCUACCUAGCUGUGUACCGGCUUUGGGAUCUCAACUGGUUGCAUGAGCCAGAUUGCGAAUUCUGGAAAUUACCACUGGUACUGGGUACUGAGGCUGGGAUAAAUGCGGGGAGAAGCGUUUUUGAGCUGGCGGAGUUCGACACGAGCUUGUGGGAACUGUUCUCACGGCCUCCUGUGACCGGGGGAGUAUACCAAUUACUAGGUGAGUGCAAUGCCAUCGGUGUUUGUUGUGGCUGA